AUGUUUCAACGAGACCCUCUUCUUUCGUAUUGCUAUAAUAUCUUCAAAACUAUGAGUCAAACACAAAUUCCGCUACAAAAUCAGCAAGCUAACCAGCAGCAUAACUUACAGCAACAAGCAAACCAGCAGAAUAACUUACAGCAACAAGUAAACCAGCAGCAUAACUUACAGCAACAAGCAAACCAGCAGAAUAACUUACAGCAACAAGCAAACCAGCAGAAUAUACUGCAAAAUCAGCAACCAUAUUCUAUGGAGCAACAUAUUAUUGACGGAACAACUUUCAAUCAAAUUGCUGCUGCUCCAAAUCAAAGUGAUAGGGAUAUUCUUUUAAAAUCAUAUUAUUAA